AUGGAACACCAGGAGGAUAGCAAGGAAAAGUGCCGGGCGCACGACUGGUGGGCCGAGUUCUGUCAGGACUCGGCCGUCCACGGCAUGCCGUAUUUGGCUAGGCGGGACCUGCACUGGGUGGAGCGCCUCUUCUGGCUGGCCAUGAUCCUGGCCUCGGCCUACUACGCCAUCAGCAGCUGCUACUCGCAGUGGGAGCGGUUCCGCAACAAUCCGAUUGUCUACGAGUACGAGUAUCUCUUCGCGCUGCGCAACUUCACCUUUAUCGGGCUCACAUUCUGCACGACUUACGAGACGGAGGAGCAGGUGGCGAAGCUCAUCAGAGACACUUGGGCAGUGGAUCCCACUCAGGACCCCGCCAAGGCUGCCUACUACAAAGAGUUCCUUUAUGUGCUGAAUCGCUUGAGGUACAACAAUUUGGAGACCCUGAAGCCCUUCGAGAACGACACCACUCUGAGCAAUCUCGCCUAUGUGGACAUGCUGCUGGCGCUGCAGGAGAAAGUCCUGCCCAGUCCCAGGCCUGUCCUCAUGGCGCCCAUCAUCACGGAGGUGGGUCUCUGCCAGUCCACGAGCCAAUUGACGCGCUACGGCAAUCCCUAUGGCAGGCUAGAAACCCUGAACGUAACGCCCGUGCGGCAGUGCGGCUUCUUCAACGAAUGCCAGUUCAUGCACAAGCCCUUCAACAGCAUCCAAACCCAUGUGUUUCUGUAUAUGCACGAUGUCAAUGAACUGAUGCUGCCCCACGACCGACGCACCAUCACCUUCGACGCUAAGACCAAGAGCUCCUACGUCCUCAAGCUGCUGAUUAGCUCCAUUUCGGCGGACAGGGAAGUGCGCAACCUGCCGGUGGCCUAUCGGAAGUGUCGCUAUCACGACGAGAACAAUCUCCGGUACUACAGCCCCUACCAUCCGAGCCUGUGUCGUCUUGAGUGCCGCAUCAACUGGGCCCUGAGCAUGUGCCAUUGCAAGCCCUUCUUUUAUGCGGCUGCCCCACAGGCCCCCAUCUGCAAUGUGACCGGAAUGCUCUGCCUGGCCGAAUCCAAUUGGCUGGAAAGGCCCUGCCACUGCUUCUCCCUGUGUCGAGAGACAACGUACAGUAUCAUCGAGGAGUACGAACAGAGCGGAGGCGAUCAGAGCUACGUGGGCGAGCAGUUCGAGCGGACGAUCAUCAUUAAGCUGGAACUGCCUAAGAUGGGGAUGAAGCGUCGCGUGGUCUUCAGCACGGAUCAGCUGAUUAUGUCCUUUGGCGGAGCCAUCGGACUUUUUCUAGGCGCUAGCUUCAUGACCUUCUAUGGUCUGAUACAUCUGUUCUUGCACUUUCUAGUGGUCCAAUGCAAAUGCCGGCCCAGGAUCCCCCAAGACCGUGCUCCGGAUGGGAAAAGAAAGUGGUUCACCUAUAGGAAGCCAUGA